AUGAUGUUCGUUCUUACUCUUGCUCUAAUUUUCUGCUCAUUUGGAUGCUUGUCUUCCUUCGUCGUCAAUCAUGCUCACUUCAUACACAAUAAUAGAAUAAUUAAUUUUGAAACGGUCGGUGGGAUUGCUGACAACAGUUCUCUAGAUGCUUGUUGGGCCAAUGCACAUCUUCUCAACCAAACAUUUGCCUCAUUACAAAGUGGUGAUACUUUGUUAAUACCACCAGAUAGAACGUUUUGGCUGAUGGGUGGUAUCUAUGCACGCGGUUUAGUCAACGUGACGAUACAAAUCGAUGGUAUUCUGAAGUUUUCAGAUAAUCAGACUGUCUGGCCACGCGACCCUCAAACUCAACAAGUUCAUGAAUGUUUCUUUUUCGAACAAAUAAACUAUGUCAAGUUCACAAGUUCAUUACCCGGAGGAAAGAAAGGUAUUAUUGAUGGAUCUGGUGCAAAAUGGUGGGGUUUAGUAGAAUAUCUAUUGAUUGGUGAAAAUCGACCGCGACUAAUAUCGAUUUACAAUUCAACAAAUCUUUUGGUUGAAAAUAUUCUAUUGAAAAACUCGCCAUACUGGACAUUUCUCGCCAAUGAUAUCGCUAAUUUAGAAAUACGAUAUAUGGACGUGGAUGCACGCGUUCGUCCUGAUGUUCAAUAUCACGAUCAUAACGAAUUACAAGCGUUCAAUACGGAUGGUUUCGAUGUCGCAGGAAAGAAUGUUUGGAUACAUGAUUGCAACAUUUGGAAUGAUGAUGAUUGUAUUGCGGUCAAAGAACAAAGUUCAAGUAGUUUUCAAUCGUCUUGUAGUGAAAACAUGCUUUUCGAACGUAUCAAUGCAUCUGGUGUUGGAUUGACGAUCGGUUCCAUCGGACCAUCAGCAUCACAUACAUGUGUACGAAAUAUCACAUUCCGUGAUUGUACGAUGUAUAAUACUUUCAAAGGCAUCUACUUAAAAUCUCGACCGGGACUACCUGGACAUACAGGUGAAAUCACCAAUGUAACGUAUGAAAAUAUAUUAAUCAACAAUGCUUCGCAAUGGUCGAUAUGGAUCGGACCUCAGCAAGCUGGUUAUAAAGAAGCUUGCUCACUCCUAUGGCCUUUCGUACCCAAAACACCAUGUCCAGUGCCGAUUGGCAUCACUUGGAACACCAUCGUCUUGCGGAAUAUUACUCUCAAUGGUCCUCAAUUAAGUCCGGGUGUUAUUCUUGGUAAUUCGUCAAAUCCGAUGUUAAACAUCCUGUUUGAUAAUGUUUACGUUAAUAAACCUGGCUUGCUUCCAUGGGGCACGAAGUAUUAUGCAUGUGAAGGUGUGGAAGGCAUAGCAGAAGGAAAUACUCAACCUCCACCGCCGUGUUUCAAAAGGAAAUCGAUUUGA